AAAAGGCCUAAAAUUAAGGAAGUAAAUGAUAACUAAAUUGCCGCCAUAAUAUCAAAUAUAAGAAUUCUAUAAAAAAAAAGAAACGGAGGACAUAUUAAUAAUAUAAUUGUAAUAUAAAAGUUUGCGGAACUAAUAAUUUUUAUUAAUUUCAAAAUAGUAAAAAAAAAAAUAAAAAUAAAUAUGCAUUAUUAAAAAUUUAUAAACAAAAUAAAUAAAACAUAAAAAUAAAUAUACUGCCCGUUACUAAACACAUCAGAAAAUAUAUAAAAAAAAAACAGAAAAACAAAAUAAUAUUUCACAUUUUCAAAUCAAAUUACAAAAAAAUAAAGAAAAUUUAAUGAAAGAUUAAAUUAUUCAAUUAAAUAAAUAUACUUUCUUACAUAUAUGCAUACAUCUUUAAAUAAAUAUUUAAAAUAAUUACAUAUUUACAAAAUUCAUAAAAGAAAAUAGUUAUUUUUUUUUUACUUUUAAUUUUGUUUCUUCUAUAUAUAAAUAUCCAAUUAUCAAAUAUCCAAAAGAGAAUAGAGUUUAUAUUGCUUAAUCGUGGACAACUUAAUAAAAAUUAAUAAUAAUAUUUAUUCUACGAAAUGGCUGGCACUUGUAUUAAGCUAGCCGUUCGUAUGUCAUGGCGGCAAAUGCAAAAGCUUCGAUGAUCUCACCUCCAUCAUCAUCAUUAUCAAACGGCCAGGAUCCAUCUGAACAAUUGCCGCCACUACCACCUCCGCUGCGUUCAACACAAGCACUUCAACCAUUGACGAUUUUUCCAGUGUCCAAUUUGAGUGACGGAUCAUAUGAUUAUGUUUUUGGUGGUCCAGGCAAGACCCCGCAAUUGUCUUCAACACUCAAGCUGACCUCACCGCCAGUAAGACUUAGAUCAGACGAAGGACCACAUCAUCAUGGUCAUGGAAAUUUUCAUUUAGAAGAUGGAAAAUUUUAUCGUCAUUCGUUCAGUUAUGUCCAUAAAAGGUCACGACCCGUAACCGAACGAGAAUAUCGUUCAUCAAGUUCAAAACGUGGUAGUCGCGGGGAAGAUGAAGAAACUUUGCGGCAAUUAUUACUCGAUUUACAAAAACAAGUUAGCGUGAUGAGCAUGAAUCUAUCAGCAAAAUUAGAUGAAUUACAAAGAGGUGACAGACACUUGGAGACAACGGUCGCCUUGUGUGAAAUUCGAAGUCAACUUCAGGAGCUUACAAAAUCUGUUGAAAGCUGUCAAAGUGAAGUUUCAGAGGUGAAACGUGAUAUGGUAGCAAUUAAACAUGAAUUAGAUACUGUACAGCAAGUUAAAGAAGAAAUUGAAGAGCUACGCGAAUAUGUUGAUCGUUUAGAAGAGCACACCCAACGUCGGAAGUUGAGACUAUUGGAACAAGUUCGUUUGACAAAUGGACUGACAUUCUUUUUAACGUAUGCAAUAUUUGCUGCUGUACUUGGUAUGCUCCAAUUCGGAUACAAUACAGGUGUUAUAAAUGCUCCCGAAAAGAAUAUUGAAAAUUUCAUGAAAGAUGUCUAUAAAGAUCGUUAUGGUGAGGAUAUUAGUGAAGAAUUUAUACAACAAUUAUAUUCGGUUGCUGUUUCAAUAUUCGCUAUUGGUGGUAUGUUAGGUGGUUUCAGUGGUGGAUGGAUGGCAAAUAGAUUCGGAAGGAAAGGUGGAUUAUUAUUAAAUAAUGUAUUGGGUAUAUCAGGCGCCUGUUUGAUGGGUUUUACAAAAGUGAGUCAUUCCUAUGAAAUAUUAUUCCUUGGUCGAUUUAUAAUAGGAGUUAAUUGUGGUUUAAAUACAUCAUUAGUACCUAUGUAUAUAUCUGAAAUAGCACCGUUAAAUUUGAGAGGUGGUUUAGGUACUGUUAAUCAAUUGGCUGUGACUGUAGGUUUACUUUUAUCCCAAGUAUUGGGUAUUGAACAAAUUUUAGGAACAAACGAAGGCUGGCCAAUAUUACUUGGUUUAGCUGUGUGUCCAGCUAUUUUACAAUUAAUAUUACUUCCGGUUUGUCCAGAAUCACCUCGAUAUCUUCUUAUUACAAAGCAAUGGGAGGAGGAAGCACGAAAAGCCCUUCGAAGAUUGCGAGCAUCAAGUUCUGUUGAAGAGGAUAUUGAAGAAAUGCGUGCCGAAGAAAGAGCUCAACAAGCUGAAAGUCAUAUAUCAACAAUGGAGUUGAUUUGUUCACCAACAUUAAGGGCACCACUUAUAAUCGGAAUUGUUAUGCAACUUAGUCAACAAUUUAGCGGUAUUAAUGCAGUAUUUUAUUAUUCUACAUCAUUAUUUAUAAGCUCUGGUCUAGCGGAGGAUAGUGCAAAAUUCUGUUCAAUUGGAAUCGGUGCUAUUAUGGUUGUAAUGACCUUAGUUUCCAUACCACUUAUGGAUCGAACCGGUCGUAGAACUCUCCAUCUUUACGGUUUAGGUGGAAUGUUUAUAUUUUCUAUAUUUAUAACAAUAUCAUUUUUAAUAAAGGAGUUUUUUGGUUAUGUACAGGAAAUGAUCGAUUGGAUGUCAUACCUAUCUGUAAUAUCAACAUUAGCAUUUGUUGUAUUCUUUGCUGUUGGACCUGGUUCAAUACCAUGGAUGAUAACUGCAGAAUUAUUUUCACAAGGUCCAAGACCAAGUGCAAUGGCAAUUGCUGUAUUAGUCAAUUGGAUGGCAAAUUUUGUUGUUGGAAUUGGUUUUCCAAGUUUAAAGUCUGCAUUGGAUAAUUAUACAUUUUUGCCGUUUAGUGUAUUUUUAGCAAUAUUUUGGAUUUUCACAUAUAAAAAGGUUCCUGAAACCAAAAAUAAAACAUUUGAAGAAAUUUUAGCACUAUUUAGACACGGUAAUGGAAGGAGUAUGCUAAACUGCGUAAAUAGUUUGGAGCCCCAAAGUAUGAACUCUGGCAUAGAACAUGCCGCUUUGAUGGUAUCAGAGGAAAAGACCCAGCACGAUUCACCUGCAUCAGAGCGCUGUUCAGAAGGCGCGCGAAAUUCACAACACCAUCAGGGCAGGAACGCUGUCUCUGCGCCCCAUCACCUUCGUCAGCAAGUACCUGCUUGCCAGAGCAGCGGACCUUGACUGAAGAACGCCUCACCUCCCGAAACAAUUAGCUUACAUUCCACUGAUCAACAAAUUUCACAUUCACAUAUACAUCACUGUAGUUUUGAUAAAGAUAAUGAUGAUAUAGAUGAAACAAGAUCAAUUAAAUCAAUACACCAUUAUCAUCGACAUCAACAAUCGCCGCAUCAUAGCGUACACAGUCACCAUAGUCAUAGUCGACAUUCAUCACCGCAUCAAUCUCAUCACCAUUCGCACUCGCAUUUAAGUGAUUCGCAAUUAGCGCAAAGUCAACACCAACAGCAACAACAGCAAUUACAUCAUCAGCAACAGCAACAACAACAUCAAAUGCAACAACAACAACAGCAUCAUGAUGAAGAUGAUUCAUAUGAUAAAAUACAAUAUAAGCAUGCACAUCAUGGCCAUGGACAUGGUCACACUCAUCGUAAUCGUCGUUCAUCUA